AAAAAGUAAGCAUACUGUCAACCUUCAUCGCACCCUUCAAGUAUCUGAGUCCUGGCACAACCACCAUGGAAGAUGAAGACAAUUUAAGUACCAGCAGUGCAGAAGUAAAGGAAAAUCGAAACAUUGGCAACCUGGAGGAUCAUCCGAUAUCCUCUAAUGAGAGGGCAAGAGGGGGAACAACUAGCAGUAAGAGAAAAAGACCCUUAGAGGAAGGCAAUAAUGGCCAUUUCUGCAAACUCCAGCUCAUCUGGAAGAAAGUCUCGUGGUCAGUGACGCCAAAGAACGCUCUGGUUCAGCUACAUGAACUUAAACCAGGUUUACAAUAUAAAAUGGUUUCCCAGACAGGUCCAGUGCAUGCUCCAGUCUUUGCUGUUGCUGUGGAAGUAAAUGGACUUACAUUUGAAGGCACAGGACCCACAAAAAAGAAAGCCAAAAUGCGUGCUGCAGAGCUAGCUCUGAAGUCAUUCGUUCAGUUCCCCAAUGCCUGCCAAGCUCACUUUGCCAUGGGGAACUGCAUCAACCCAUCCACGGACUUUACUUCUGAUCAGGCAGACUUUCCAGAUACUCUGUUCAAGGAGUUUGAACCAUCUACACACAGCGAGGACUUUUCAGUCUAUAACCCCGUUAAUAACGAAUUGCUUUCCACUGCUUAUCGACACGGGCGCUUACUCUGCCAUACGCUGGACUUAAUGGGCCAUGGUAAGCAAAACAAGCACAAGAUGGCAUCCAAAGCGGAGAGCGAGAAGAACCCGGUGGUGCUGCUAAAUGAGCUGCGGUCGGGCCUGCGGUACGUCUGCCUGUCAGAGACGGUGGAGAAGCAGCACAUCAAGAGUUUUGUGAUGGCGGUGCGAGUGGAUGGGAGAACAUUUGAAGGCUCAGGACGUAGCAAGAAGUUGGCCAAGGGUCAAGCAGCACAGGCGGCCCUGCAGGCCCUCUUUAACAUUCGGCUGCCCAGCCACAUUCCCAGCAGGAGUAAAUGUCACCAUUUGCCACAG